AUGAUGCCCCCAGGUGGCAUGGCGGGAGGAGGGCAGCAAGGCGUUUUUGUCAUAAACAAGAACGCCAAGCGCGACCAGGGGCGUAAGGCGCAGCUGACCAACAUCCAGGCGGGCAAGACAGUGGCGGGGAUCGUGCGGACGACUCUGGGGCCAAGAGCGAUGCUAAAGAUGCUGCUGGACCCUAUGGGCGGCAUUGUCAUGACAAACGAUGGCAAUGCCAUUUUGCGAGAGGUAGAUGUUUCGCACCCUGCCGCCAAGAACAUGAUUGAGCUGAGCCGAGCGCAGGACGAGGAGGUUGGAGAUGGCACAACUUCUGUCAUCAUCUUGGCCGGGGAGCUUUUGGGAGUGGCAGAGCCACUGAUUGAGAAAAAGCUGCACCCAACUCUGAUAGUGUCAGGCUACAUGAAGGCAUUAGAAGAUGCGCAGACCUUGCUCAAGGAGCUUGCGUAUCCGGUAGACCUUGAACAUCCUGAGGCCCUGCGGGAAAUUGUACGCGGGUCAAUUGACACGAAAUUCGCGAGCAGGUUCGGCACCUUGAUCUCAGACUUAGCCAUCAAGGCAGUCAAGACGGUCUGCAUCACGAAAAAUGACGGCCGCAAGGAGAUCGACGUGAAGCGAUUCGCGAAGGUUGAGAAGAUUCAGGGAGGAGAGCUCACAGACUGCCAGGUCCUUGAUGGCGUCAUGUUCAACAAGGACAUCACACAUCCUCGAAUGAGACGCGAGAUAAGAAAUCCGCGUGUUGUGCUGCUAGACUGCCCGCUUGAGUACAAGAAAGGCGAGAGUCAAACCAACGUGGAAAUCACCAAGGAAUCAGAUUGGGAGAAGUUGCUGCAGCAAGAGGAGGAAGAAAUGCGGAGAGUCUGUGACGACAUCUUAAAGGUCAAGCCAGACCUGGUCAUCACAGAGAAAGGGGUGUCUGACCUGGCACAGCACUUCCUCAUGAAGGGAGGUGUGUCGGUGAUUCGCCGCAUUCGAAAGACGGACAACCUCCGAAUCGCCAGAGUGACUGGAGCACACAUUUGCAACCGGACUGAGGAACUGCAAGAGUCCAUGGUUGGAACAAAGUGUGGACGGUUCAAGGUCAAUAAGCUUGGGGAAGAGUACUUCACCUACCUGACCGAAUGUCAGGAUCCCAAAGCAUGUUCAAUCAUUCUGCGUGGCGCCACGCGGGACGUCCUCAACGAAAUGGAGAGAAAUCUGCAGGAUGCCUUUGCCGUAGCUCGGAACAUCAUUCUCGAGCCGCUGCUUCUGCCCGGCGGCGGAGCUGUAGAAAUGGAGCUGGCAGCACGGCUGAAAGAGAAGUCCAAGACCAUAGAGGGCAGCCGUCAGUACGCCUACAGAGCUGUCGGCGAAGCUCUGGAAGUGAUCCCACGUAGUUUGGCGCACAAUUGUGGUGCUGAUGUGGUGCGGGCGAUGACCGACUUGCGCGCUCGACAUGCCACCACAGGAAAUGCCCACAUUGGCAUAGAUGGCAAGACCGGCAAGGUCGCUGACGUCAAGGUGCUCAGCAUCUUUGACACCUUUGCUGUGAAGCAGCAGACUCUGAGGACGUCCAUAGAAGCAGCAGCGAUGCUGCUCCGUAUUGACGACAUCAUUUCUGGCAUCAGCAAGAAGAAACGGGAUGAUAAGCCAUCGGCUGUCCUGGGCUCAGAGGACGAGACGUUUGGUGAUUCGCGCGACGGCUGA